CUUCUCUGCGUAACCGUUUCCUUUUCCAUUUUCAUUUCUGUGUUUGCUUAAACUUUCCAAAAUUCUCUGAAGCGAAACGCUCCAGCUUGAAGAAUCAGCACGUCAAAUCAACUUCGCAUCUUUUUCAAGUAAAAUGGUUUCAUUGAGAGAACUUACAGAGCAACGAGGUAACCAGGGUAGAGAGGGAGAAGAGGAAGGGGUUUUGUCAGUGGAGCCUAUCACGAUGAUAGUGCCGCCUGAGUUGCAGGACUCGCAGGAAACGAUGGCGCCUGAGAGAAGCACCAGUUCGAGUGCGAGGGAUGAUGGUGGCGACCAUGCUACUGCGUCGUCUAGCAGCUUGUCUACUGAAGAGACACCCAGCAGUGAAGAAGGGAUCGGGGAUGUGGUGAGCAGUGUCUCAGAUCGGCCGGUGAUUAGGGAAUGGGAAGGCGUGACAAUCCCGGGCAGGUUGAGUAACCUACGAAAAGCACCGAAGGACCUACCCGUUGGAUUCAGGUUCAAGGCUGCACUUCAUCACGAAGUAGCAGAUUGUGCGCCCUCCAUAAGUGGGUAUAAACGACUGGAGGAGAUGGUGAGGGCGUAUCACAUCCCCAAGACCAUAUUGCUGCGGACAGGCGGGCAGAACGAAAGAGCGUGCACAGUGUCGCGAACAGGCUGGAUACCAGUGUACGCGGACCACUUUGACGCCGGCCUGCGAUUUCCCCUACCGGGCCUGAUAUUCGAUCUGCUCGUGGACUACGAGCUGGCGCUAAUGCAGCUAACGCCCAAUAGCAUAAGGUUCAUCAUAGGCUUUAUGCUGUUGUGUGCGAGAUUGGAGGUACCAGCUAAAGCGAUAGUGUUCAGGUCGCUAUUCCAGUGCCGAUUGUGUCUGAACUCAAGAGGAGCGAAGUGGUACUACCUCUCUGGGAGGGAUAAGAGCCAGCUCUUAAAAAAUCUACUGCCCCGGGAUGUCGAUCUGAAGAACCAGCUGCUCGAGUAUGCGCAGAGGGAGGGUCUAAUAGAUCUAGAAACCCUGGUUACCUCGGAACAUCUCGCCGUGUUUGGGUUUGUCGUUGUAACAAACCUAUUUAGCGAAGGCGAAAUGAGCAGCAUCUUGGAACGCCAGCGUCAACGAGCCCAGAGUUCGCGAGGCCGUGGGGCGAGUAGCACCUCGCAGAGGCAAACGCGGUUCGACGAGCGGCCGCCUGCAGCGCCUCAAUCGCGCAGCUCGUCACACCGAGGGUCUAGCUCGGCUUCUAGGCCACGGGCUGAGCAUAGGGUUGAGGUGGCAGCUCCUAGUGCCCGUAGGCGUGCGCGCGAGGAGACGGAGAGCGAGGAAGACGAGGUCCCCCUUGCUCGGCGCAGACUAAGCGGGGGGACUCAUACCGCGCAGGCGGCCCGUCCCACAACUGUGCGUUCACCCACUGCACCGCCAGCGACUGUGCGAGCAGCAGUAGAGCUCGCCUCUGCCUCGGCUUCACCAUCGGGCCCCAAGAUCGCUUAUCCUGAGGGCUUUAGCUAUGUGCGGGCGGAGUGUCAGCCCGCCAUGGUGCAAGCCAUGCGCAGCUUUGUGCCCCCGUCGGAUAGUCGGCGGGCUAAGGCUUUUGUGCAGCAGCAUGGCGGCCAGAUACUCACUAUUGCUACUGUUUGGCUGGCAUUCAGCUACGCUGUAGCGCUUAACGAGAGCGAGCAGGAGGCUCGUACGCAGAACAGCGAUCUCGGUUCAAAAUGCAAGCAACUGGCUGUUGAGAAGGCUAGCCUGGUGGACGACGUGAAUCGUCUGCAAGGCUCAGAAAUGGCGAACCGGGCAGCGGCUGCAGAGAGCCGGGCAGAUAAGCUCACCAAUAGAAACAACAAGCUCAUGGAGGAAUUGGAGCGCGCCCGUGCUGAGAAAGAGAGCGGGAUCCAGGCGGCUAAGGAGGAAACCACCCGGGUUGAAGAACGGGCCAAGAAGGCUGAGGUCGACAGGGACCUUGCUCAGCACGAGCUGAGCUCCCUUAGGCAUCAGGUCGCCGAAGCCGACCGGAACCUUACUGCGGCCGGGGAGGCACUGAGCGAGCUGAAGACUUCCCAUGCACGUGCUGUCGGCAUCGCCCGAGCUCAAGGCGCGGAAUGGUUGGUGGGUUCGGCUGCGUUUCAGGACGCGGUGGCGGUGGCGUCUGCAAAUGUAACCACGGAAAUCUACAACGAGAUCCGUGGGAAGGACCUGGACGAGCAGAUAAAGAGUCUCGCUUCCCUUGUCGACGCCACGGUGCGGUUGAGGUGGGACCUCAACGAGGAGGGAGUGCCUGUUUGGCCUCCUCAGCCCGCUGUGGUGCCAGUCAGCUCGCCCGUCAAUGCAGCAAUCCCUGAGCCCGCUGCCCGGUCUGAUCCAGCUCGCUCUCCUGCGGCUGCUGCUGAUGCAUCCAUACCCGUCGAUCUGACGGAUGACUAGGCUUAGGACUUUUUUCUUUUGUUCCUCUGUAUUUUCUUUUGUUUACUUGUAUUGAUCAAUGACGUUAUAUGUCAUGUACUCCAACUGUAAAUGGUCAUUGAUGAAAUACAAAUUGAAUUUCCUU